GAGCAUCUUUUAAGUGUCGGCUGUUCUGACUUCAGCAAGAGAUGACGUCACCUGAUAAUACACGCAGGCUAGUCACAUGACUUCCAUGUGGUAGCAAAUCUAAUAGAAACUGUCUUUAUGUUACCCCCGUGCAUGAACAUUGAGGAGGAAUAGUGCUUCUACAUGUACUGUACGAGACUGUACAGUACAAACUUCCUGUGCAAAGCCAACGAAAAUUGAUAUAUAAUGUAAUCAAAUGGCAAUGAAUGAAAGGUAUUUGUGCAAACUUUGUACUUUGAAAUCUUGAUUGAGCUUGAGAGUUGUCAACAAAAACCGUAUCCGAUGACUUGAUUAAAGAUGGCAGUUACAAUGAACAGCACCCUUGAGCUGCUGUCACUGGCCCAGCGGCUCAAGGAGGAGAGACUGUACAUCCAGUCUGAGAAGAACCUGCUCCAGGGACUCCACGAGGAGGUAACCCAGACCUCGGACAAGCUCCACCGUGUAGCAUGGAUCACCCAACAACAGCGUCAGACCCUCAAUAGCCUCGUCAGGGCCAGCUCCAACUCCCCUCCUGCUGCAUGUUGCUAUCGCGCCAAUGCCCUGGAGCGGGUCGGUUUUGUCGAUGGGUACAAGCAGCUCGGAUUCCAGGAUGCAUUGUAUGGGGAUGUCCUGAACUAUCUGAGAGAAAACCCAUCAGUCAUGGCCCAGAUCCUGGCUCAAGGAGAGAAGACAAACACUGAUAGGGCACCAGGGUUGGUACACUCUGUUAUCUCUGGCAUCUACGGAAAUUGUGUCGUGGAUGACGAUGAGCAGCACUUCUUAAUUUUCAUUCAAUCGCUCAUGAAGCACCAGCUUGCAGAAAGUGAUGAUCCCCGUCGAUUACUGAGGAGAGGGCGCUGCGCUUUCUCGAUAGCUUUUAAAGUGUUCACAGAGGCUCUAUUUAGUGGGAAAUUGUACUUAACAGCUGCGUUACAUGAACCUGUCAUGGCUGUACUAAUGAAUGACGAAGUUUGCUUAGAAACGGACGUCCAAAAGGCGAUGGACCACUUUUCCCCGGAGGAGAGGAAACAGCGAUUUGGAACCCCAGGAACCCCCGCGUAUGAACAAAGUGUCCAGAAACACAUGAACGGCAUAAUGGACCAACUUGUGGGACUGUGUAACAAAUUCAUUGUUGGACUUCACAGUAACAUCUACUGUUUCCCUCCUAGUCUUGAUUGGAUUAUCAGCCAACUCCAUAAGAUUCUGGUAGAUGCAGGUCAAGUGGACUCAGCCGAUAUCCGCAUCAUGUGUGCUGAUCUGCUGUUGACGUGCUUCGUCGGACCUGCGAUCAUUGAUCCUGAACCCUACGGCAUCACAUCGGACAUCCUGGUGAGUGAGACCGCUCGGUUCAACUUGAUGCAGGUUGCUCAGAUCCUGCAGGGUCUGGCUCUCCAGACAUCAACGACCAGCAAGGAAUCCUCCGCUAGGGUACCAGAUAUCUACUCAAGGUUUCCAAAGGGCUGCAUGUCAAGCUACUUGGAUGCAUUGAUUGAUAACCUGAGCUCUUCUGACAUACCGCCAAUCACCAGUCAGCUCAGAGGAAUGACAAGAAGUUCUACCUUCAUUACAGAGACAGAGUUGCAUAGCUUGAUCUUUACUCCAAUGAGGGCAUACUGUCAAAAAGCCUCUGAAUGGACACAGGUCGUGUGGUCCAGUGGUCAGAGCAUUGGACUCGUAAUCGCAAGGUUGUGA